CACAAACCCAAAUCGAAGAAAAGGAGAAGAAAAAAAAAAAAGGAAAGCGAAGAGGUUGGAGAGAGACGCUCGUCUCCACGUGCCCCACCACCAUGGCCCGCGCCGCCGCCGCCGCCGCCGCCGCGGCGUCCUUCCUGCUGCUGCUCCUCGCCGUCUCCGCGGCGCCGGACAUGUCGAUCAUCUCCUACAACGAGGAGCACGGCGCGCGGGGGCUGGAGCGUACGGAGGCCGAGGCCCGCGCCGCGUACGACCUCUGGCUCGCCGAGAACGGCCGCUCGUACAACGCCCUCGGCGAGUACGACCGCCGCUUCCGCGUGUUCUGGGACAACCUCAGGUUCGUCGACGCCCACAACGCCCGCGCCGGCGAGCACCGCUUCCGCCUCGGGAUGAACCGCUUCGCCGAUCUCACCAACGAGGAGUUUCGCGCGGCGUUCCUCGGCGUCAAGGUCGCCGAGAGGAGCCGCGUUGCGGGUGAGAGGUACCGCCACGACGGCGUGGAGGAGCUGCCGGAGUCCGUCGAUUGGAGGGAGAAGGGGGCCGUCGCCCCCGUCAAGAACCAGGGACAAUGCGGAAGCUGCUGGGCGUUCUCUGCAGUUAGCACAGUAGAAAGUAUCAACCAACUUGUUACUGGUGAGAUGAUCACGUUAUCGGAGCAGGAGCUUGUAGAAUGCUCAACCAAUGGACAGAACAGUGGCUGCAACGGUGGGCUCAUGGAUGAUGCCUUUGACUUCAUCAUUAAGAACGGAGGCAUUGAUACUGAAGAUGACUAUCCUUACAAAGCCGCGGAUGGCAAAUGUGACAUCAACAGGGAAAAUGCAAAGGUUGUGAGCAUUGAUGGCUUUGAAGAUGUACCUCAAAAUGAUGAGAAAUCACUGCAGAAGGCGGUUGCUCAGCAACCAGUCAGUGUUGCUAUUGAGGCUGGUGGCCGCGAAUUCCAGCUCUAUCAUUCGGGUGUCUUCAGCGGCAGAUGUGGCACAAGCCUCGACCACGGUGUGGUUGCUGUUGGCUAUGGCACUGACAAUGGCAAAGACUACUGGAUUGUCCGCAACUCAUGGGGUCCAAAGUGGGGUGAGUCCGGAUACAUCCGCAUGGAGCGGAAUAUCAAUGUGACCACUGGGAAGUGUGGCAUUGCCAUGAUGGCAUCGUACCCCACCAAGAGCGGUGCAAACCCGCCCCAGCCAUCUCCAUCACCUCCAACACCACCUCCCCCAUCCCCCCCUGACCAUGUCUGUGAUGAGAACUUCUCUUGCCCAGCGGGCAGCACCUGCUGCUGUGCAUUUGGCUUCAAGAAGCUCUGCUUGGUCUGGGGCUGUUGCCCAGUUGAAGGUGCCACCUGCUGCAAGGAUCACGCCAGCUGCUGCCCGCCUGACUACCCUGUGUGCAACACCAGGGCAGGAACUUGCUCCGCGCUGAAUAGACGGGCUGAUCUUGGAAUUGUGCAGAGCAAGAACAGCCCAUUGAGCGUGAAGGCUUUGAAGCGCACGCUCGCUAAGCUGAACACCGCGUGAGCUCAUCGACGACAUGCAAUCGGCGAGGAGAGGGGAUGAGGCAGCGUGGAGCCUUUCUGCAAUUUCUGCUUCCGUGCCUCCAGAUAAUCGUUGUCGCAUUUUGAGGACACUUCUCAUUAUUAAUCUCUACUGCCUGCCUUUAUCUCACAGUGAUUUGUGUACAUAGCUCGCCUCAAUUUGUACUCUAUUUAUCUUCUCCGAUUUGUACUCUAUUUAUCAUCUCAAGAAAUACAUUAGCGAAGAUCGUUUUUACCGUUCCAAAUCCC